CCCUGUCUCCCUGCCUUGCCCUGUCUCCCUGCCUUGCCCUGUCUCCCUGCAACACCUCUCCACAUCUAUACCCCUUGUUUUUAAUCCGGAACAACUGUGAUUGCUGUCGGUGUUGUGUGUGACGGGGUGGAUGUGACUGGGCGAUGGUGCCCAGUGCGUGUUUUUUGGAGAGGUUUAUUGAUGAGGCGUUAAACGCAGGAGGACCCUGUCCUUAUUCCCUCUGAAUUGCAUCUGGUCGCCUCCAACUCCUCAGUGAUCCCCACAAGGAAAAGCUCUGAGCACAGAUACACUGUACUGUACAAUGGACUGAGAGUUUCCUGACAAUGGCAUUCGGGAUCAUCGGGACUGUCUUCGCACUUUUUCACAUCGCAUCAGUUUUAGGGUUUGGCGUGGAUCCAGCCUUGGAAAUUGAUGUCUUUUCUGCUCUGCAACUGGACGAUUCGACUGAGGGGAUUGUCCAGGUCCAAGGAUUUGACAAUGGAAGCAAAGCGUUUGUAUUUCAAGAUACUGUCAGAAAAAUAAAAGCUUCUCCAUCUGCAGCGGAACAGGUGUCUCAAAAACUGAAGCACACACACGAGUUUACUGUUCUGGUUACACUGAAGCAGACUCCCUACAAUUCAGGUGUCAUUCUGUCAAUUCAUCACUCUGAUGAUAGGUAUCUGGAGCUGGAGAGCAGUGGCCAUCGGAAUGAAGUACGUUUUCAUUAUCAGUAUUGGUGGCAUCAGUCCCGCACAGAGGUAUUUCCAUAUGCUUUGGCUGAUGGUCAAUGGCAUCGAGUAGCCUUGGCUGUUAGUGCAUCGCAUAUAGUUUUAUACGUGGACUGCAACAAGAUUUACGAACGUGUUAUUGAACGACCUUACAUGGAUAUUCCAACUGGCUCAGCACUUUGGUUAGGACAAAGAAACAAUGUUCAUGGUCUUUUCAAGGGCGUCAUGCAGGACGUGAAGAUUCUUGUGAUGCCACAGGGGUAUAUUACUCAAUGCCCAGAUCUCAAUCGAACCUGUCCAACUUGCAAUGAUUUCCAUGGGCUUGUGCAAAAGAUUAUGGAACUCCAAGAUAUUUUAGCCAAGACAUCAGGAAAGCUCUCUUACGCUGAGGAAAAAAUGAACAAGUUGGACCAGUGUUACUGUGAGAAGAGCUGUAAAGUGAAUGAUGUCGUCUACAGAGAAUCACAGACCUGGACAGAUGGCUGCAGAAGCUGUACAUGCAAGAAUGGGACAGCACAGUGCAAGAAGCUGAUCUGCCCACCUGAGAAUUGUUCUCCGGGUAAUGCUCCCGUCUAUGUGGAUGGGAAAUGUUGCAAGGAAUGCCAGCCUGUAUGUGUCCUUGGCAACAAGCGUUACCAUAAUGGAGAGAGAACAACAGAGUGGAAAGCUUCAGGGGAGUGUUAUCUCUUAGAGUGCAAGGACAAAUCAAUGCAACGUGUUCUGUAUCCAAGUUGCCCUUCUCUGCCUUGUUCAUCAUCAGACCAAAUCUCCCUGACAUACAGCUGCUGCAAGGUUUGCAAAGGCAAUGAUUUUUGCGCUGAGGGCCCCAACUGUGUUGAAAACUCUAAAUGUGUGAAUUUGGAAGCUGGUGCAUUCUGCCAAUGUAACACUGGCUACAUGCCUCUCCGGGAAGACAAAGCCUAUUGCACAGAUAUUGAUGAGUGCGCCCAAAAUAAACAUUACUGCAGAGAGAAUACCAUCUGCAUUAAUAGCCCUGGAAGCUACACCUGUCUCUGCAAAGAUGGUUACAUUAAAAUUGAUGACUACUCCUGUACAGAGCAUGAUGAAUGCCGCACAGGGCUCCACAACUGCGACAAGAAUGCUCUGUGCUUUAAUACUGUAGGAGGGCAUAACUGCAUCUGUAAACCAGGUUACACAGGCAAUGGCACGCUUUGUAAAGCUUUUUGUGAAGAUGGCUGCAGAAACGGAGGCACUUGUAAUACUCCCAAUGUCUGUUCAUGUCCGCAAGGGUUUACAGGACAACUUUGUGAAACAGACAUCGAUGAAUGUGCAGAGGGUUUCGUGCAAUGUGACAGUCGUGCUAAUUGCAUCAACCUUCCUGGAUGGUACCAUUGUGAGUGCAGAGAUGGCUACCACGAUAAUGGACUCUUUGCAGCAAAUGGGGAGACAUGUGAAGACAUCGAUGAAUGUGCGACCAGAAGGCACAGUUGUGCCAAUGACACCAUUUGCUUUAACCUUGAAGGAGGGUAUUACUGCAGAUGUCCCCAUGGAAAAAACUGUACUGACGACUGUGUCUAUGAAGGCAAAAUAAAGCAUAAUGGACAAAUUUGGGUCUUAGAAAAUGACAGGUGUUCUGUCUGCUCAUGUCAGAAAGGCAUGGUGAUGUGUCGUCGAAUGGUCUGUGACUGUGAAAAUCCAACAGUGGACCUGUUCUGUUGCCCUGAAUGUGACCCACGGCUAACCAGUCAAUGCUUGAGUCAAACUGGAGAUGUGAAGUAUGAUAGUGGGAGCACUUGGGUGCAAGAUUGCCAACAGUGCCGCUGUGUGCAAGGAGAGGUUGAUUGCUGGCCUCUACAGUGCCCAGAAGGAAACUGUGAAUUUAGUACAAUCCAUGAAGGUGAAUGCUGUCCACGAUGUGUCACAGAUCCGUGCCAUGCUAACCAAAUCCGCAACGACAUCACCAAGACGUGUGUAGAUGAACUGAAUUUGAUUCGGUUCACCGGAUCGUCAUGGAGAAAGCACGCUACAGAAUGUACCAUCUGCCAGUGCAAGAAUGGUCACACCUGCUGCUCAGUGGACCCACUGUGCCUUUAGCAACGUUAAACAGUAAAGUGUUAGUCACAGCGUUUGUUGUGCAUUUGUAUGGAAUCCCUGUUCAUUCUGCGGGGUAAGAAUCGAUAUUGAUACCGUAACGUAUACACACUCACACUUCAAGAACAAGUUUCCUAUCAGAAAUCAACUUUAUACCAAAUAAGAAUUUAUGUUCAACCAAAACUAACGCUGUACUGCCAGGAGGAUGUCCCAGUAUAGCCAGGACUGUGAGUGCUGGAGCUGAUCCCAUGUGGCCACUUUAUAACCAGAGAAACCAUUUUGAAGCAAGUGUAAACUUGUUUAGAUUGUGUGUGGGACAAAAUGUUUUAACAUCAAGUAGAGAAAGAGGAUAUAUGUACAAGCAUGACUAGAGACCAAGAAUCUCAAAGCAAGGAACGUCAUGUAAUGUAUUUUUCCCUUGUUGUUUGUUUAAGUUGUUGUUUUCCAGUUCCAAUUAUUGCUGACCUGCUUGUCUUAGUGCAAAUAUUUAAAAAGAGUUUAAUUAAACAUUUUUUUCAUUCACA